AUGCGGAGGUUUAGAAGACGAGAAGUCGGGUGGCAACGGCCUGAGCAAGAAACGAUUGUUGCUUAUGGAGAUGCCAGUCUUGGGCAUAUGCGUGGUUAUGCGCCACUUCCCCAUUGGGAGUUUAUCAAAAGACUUUGCAGACAGGCAUUGGUCAUUUUCAUCGAUGAAUUCCGGACGAGCAUCACCUGUCGAAAUAGGCUCUUUUAUUCAAAACAUAGAAAGACGAGGAAUCGGGUACAGACUGCCCAAGGCAACAGAGGUCGGAAAGUGCUGCAUUGCAAGGACGAAGGUGGUGUCGUGAUUGGCCGUUCGAAUCUAUGCCAGCAGCGUUUUGCAGUCGGGAACAACACUUGGCGUAAUCUCAUUUAUGCAGUGAAGCGUUGUAAUGAACACGGGUUCCUUGGCAGAGAUGUCAACGCUGCAGCUCAAAUGCGGUCCGUAUUAAGAUUAUACAUGGAGACCAAUGGCAACUUGCGAGUUUUAGAUUUUUGGUUGUUGAAUAAAUAG